AUGUCAAUGACCAAAUACAGCAAGUUCUUGUCAGAAAAAUGGAAAAAUUUUUCUGAAGAAGCGAAGGUUGAACUACAAAGGCAAUAUCAAAUAAAACGAGAUCAAAAAUUACGACGAGACGAGAUUGCCGAUCAAUGCAUCGCAAAUCAUGAAAGAAGGAACAAGUAUAAAAGACGAUUACAAAAAAAUGUAACCGAACAAAUUGAAAUUUCUUUAAAUAAUCACGUGUUAAGUAAUCAAUCUGAAACCAAUCAAUUGCAGCGUGCCUGGCUUGAUUCGAGAUUGUAUUUUCACCGAAAAUUCUUCUGA